AGAGAUUCCUUUCGACUUUCGAACAUCAUGUUUACUUGUGGUGACUGGCGCCUAUCAUCUUUCUGAUAAAACAUUACUUUCACAAUUGGACACCAGGGAAUCAUGGCGGACACAGUGAGUUUCGGACAAAGACGGCUGACACUGGAAAUUUUGACAGUCGGCAGUCAUGGCCGCUCUCCCCCGGCGGAGUGGGACAGGUUUCGGGUCCUUAGAGUCUGUGACAUCAGAUGACGAUCAGGACUCCCAGUGUUCAGACACAUCCACGGGAUCUGACCAAUCACAGGCUACCGUCAUCUCAAACGUGACGGCAUCAACCAUACGUCAGUCUAAACAUGAGGUGAAAAUCAGUGAGGCAGAACUUGGCUACCUGUCCUCAGAGGUGUGGAAGACACUUACCUGGCUACGACGAAGAAGUGGCUACCUCUCCCCCUCCCGAUUACACUCGGGGAUCCGCCUGGGAGACCCUCCCAAUUCGAUCAAGGAACUGAUACAAGAAGUUAAAGUAAGUCAAGGAUCCAUUGACCAUCUUCUGGACAGAGGUCAAAGGUUCUUGGAGACAUUUCCAGACAUCAAACUAAAAGUUGAUCUGGAAAACUUGGCAUUUUACUGGAGGACUUAUGUGAAGGAGCUGCAGUCGCUGGACAGCCUACAGAUCUACUGGCUUUUUACUCCGAGGCCAGAGACCCAGACAGGAAAUUGUCACCUGCCGCUUAAUCCAGACUCAUCUGCUUUGUCUGACCUUGGUAAGAGGCCACAGUGCAUCCCAAGGUCACAGGAAUGGAAGCAAUGUGUCUACAAAUAUGGAAAGUCUGUUGAGAAUUACAAAUCUCAACAGCAUUCACAAGCCCCAGUAACCAAGAUAAACAGGCAAACUCAUGAGAUUGCCAGCCAACCGAGCUCUUCAGAAAUAGAAGAGCCAAAAGGUAAAGAAGCAUCUGGUAGCCAUUUUGUACCCAGCUUACAGGUUGGUUCCACUGUACGGAAAUCCACCUGUCUCACCCACCUUCCAGACUUGUAUAAAUCUAGAAACCCAGCAUCUACCCACUGUUUAUAUAGCAAUAUGGAAGGACUUCGCUCCGGACCCAGAUCGCCGCUUUCCGCUAGAAAAGGGGAGGGAAACAUACGCACCUUUUCACCUACUUUCGACAAGACUGGACUAAAGGAUAAGAAACUCGGGUCAAACCCUGAGCUGUCCUUUAUUCCAGACUCGCCUACUGAACCCAAGCGACGGAGAAUGUUGGAUGACAUGUCCAGCAAUGUUAGUAGCCAGGUUAGCAGUCGCUCACAUUCGCCUACACUUUCGAUAAAUUCUGAGACAACGCUGGAUGACAGCUACCUCAGUACUCCCGGUUGCUCACCAGCCGCCACCCUGAAGGACCAGUUCAAGAAGCGCUAUAGCAAAUAUGAACUGACCAUUGAGUCGGACCUGAUGGAUCAGUGUCUGAUGGAUUAUGAUCUUCUGGAGGCUUGUAAGUCUGCAGAAAGCGAUGAGGAGAAUAUUGGCAUCAAUGCCAAAGUUUCGUUGGCCGAGUUCCAGCAGCAGUACCGGGAGCUGUCCCAAUGGCUUGACCAGGUACUCCAGGUGACCAAGCGCACCAUGGGAACUCUGGCGCUGUCUGAGAAGUAUCUCACACAGAUAUCAUCAUUGACAAGUUUGACAACCAAGUUUAGCUACCAUGAAGAGCUACUGAAGCAGUCCCCCCGUCACAAGCUCUUCAAUGAAUAUGCUAAGCAGCUGCUGCAGCGCCGCUCUAGCUUGAAAGGGGAGAUAACCAAAUGCCUGAACCAUGUGAAUAGUCAGUGGGAAGUGGUUGAGAAGGCAGUGUCCUGUAAGGAUAUUUGGCAGGAUAAAGAAACCAUGCUCAAAGACCUGGAAUCAGAUAUUGUGUGUCUGAGAAGAUGGCUUGAUGGUGUGGAGAACAGUCUUUCGACCUUUGACAAACCUCAUUUUACAGAUGAGGAACUGCACAGGAAACUCUUAGAGCACCAGGUUCUACAGCGUGAUAUCGAGUCUCAUUCGAGGAACGUCAAUGCAGUGCUGAAGCUCAGCGAGCACCUCCAGGAUGAAGCUACUGAUGAACGGGUGUUGGACCACAACCGUCUGUACCUGGAGCGCAGCGCCAACACACUCCAGCAACGUUGGCACUCCGCUUGGCUCCUCUCUCUAGAGGCUCAAUGUAGACUGGAAAAUGACUUGAAAACAAAAAAGGUUACAUUUCCGUCCCCAAUACUUGGCAGCAAAUGGACCGCAGAUCUGCUCAGCUUUGAUGGUGACCUCUUGGGUGGCAAUGUGAGCGGGGCCGGCUUUGACGACAGCUUUGGCCUCCCAUUACGCCAGGCAGACGUUGCUGAGUCGCCUCUUUUAGACGAUAGUAGCUUUGCCCUUGACCGUAGUAGCUUUGUGCUUGACCAGAGCUCCGAGAACCAGAGUGGGAAGGACAGUGCUGUGGUGAGUGAGGUGGAGGGUAAGAUGUCCUCAGAGUACAGCGACUCUGAUCUGGACAUGUUAAAACACCAUCGCCUCAAGUCCGACUCUCGGGACAUUGGUUACAGCAGUGGAACGACUGAGUCACUUGGCCACAUCAGCACAGAAAGUGACUGUGAGGACAUCAAGAAACUUAUUGCUGGAGCGGAGCGUCUUGUUACACCUGAAAGAUCAGGUGUUGGAAAUAAACCUCGCAAGCAGGACAACUCUUGUGAUGCGAGUAGCGAGGAAAGUGAUGGCGGAUCGGAUGUGUACUCCACCGCCAGUGACGAUGGUGGUAACAAUCAUGAAGCCAUGUUUGACAGUGUUCUGGGACUGGAUUACAAUUCUGAUGCUUCGCUACCUCAGAAUCUUCCAGCAUUCCAUAAUACAGUGAAACUUCGUCAGCGGAGAUGUAGGAAAGACCGACCCUGGAGUGCUAUACAGCUUACAGACAUCGGAGAUGACUUUGAUAUAUCAUCAUUGUCUCGAUCAGAGACAGCCAUUGAUCGUCUUAGUUAUGGAAGUGAGCACCUGUCCGCCAACAGUAAAUUGACUGGCUCUGCAGCUACCUUUCCCCGUGCUGGAGCGAAGCGCAAACUGUAUGAGUCUAGUCAGACAAGUCCACCCGAAGGGAGUGUUUUUGACUCAAGUGAGUCAGAAACAGAGAGCUCAGCCUGUUCUGAUGAUUAUGAAACAGCACACAGUGACAUCCUGGUGUCGGAUGAGGAUGACGGUCUCAACAGUACAGCAUCUGUCUCAGAACCUGCCUGGGAUAACUACCACCAGGUAUACAUGUCUAUGGGUGAGGAUCAGGAGGAACAACCUUUGACAUGGAAUCAACUCGAGGAAGAUCUUGAGUUUGAUGAAAUUUACCCCUCUCCCAAAAACAUGUCUCUGGUCUCAGCUGAAAUGGAACGAAGGAAAAAGGAAGGGAAGAGUAAACCUCGUCUGCUGACACAGAGCAGUCGUCAUGGAUAUGACAGCGACUCUGAUUUAGAGGAUUUACACUACUUCCUGGAAGACUCGGCCAGUCAGCUGAAAAUAACUGACCACUGCCUUAAGAAACGAAGAAAGGAUCAGUUCAGGACGGGCAUUGCUAUGAAUUCCCACAAAUAUGCUGAAAUAAUUGCCACCUGCCAAACAAAUAUCAAUUGUCUACAAAGUGUAUACAACCAUCUGCCUGCUGAGGCCACAGAUUCACAGUUAGAAAACUUAAAAGACAUGCUCUACCAGUGGGAGAAGCUGCAUGCAUUCGCGUGCGAGCGUCAGCAGCAGUCGCAGGCGUUAUCCCACAUGUGUAAGAGUAUGAGUGAAGUACAGAAAGGGCUACAGAGCUGUGAGGUGGAGGGCACACCCCAGCGGUUCUCCUCAAUCACUCAGGUGGAACAGUGUCUCAGACAUACACAGAAAAAUCAAGAGGUGCUACAGAAUGUACAGAAAUGUAUUAAAGAUUUGUACAAAAUCGGCCAGAGUUUCCGUCAGGAACAUCCAUCCAUCAAUCUGGACGUUUUUGUACAGCAGCUGCAGCAGGCUGACCUGGUGUCCAGUCUAAAACUGGAGAGAGUGAACCAGGACCUACCAAACAUACAGCACAUUCACAAUCUGUGGAGCGAGUAUGUCUUGUUACGGGGCCAGCUCAAUGGUUUACUGACAGAUGGAUUUACAGAGGAAAAUUUUGACCUUCAGGAUCCCAAUGGACCACUCUACAAGGUGGACCAAAUGAUAUCUAGACUGCAGUCCCUACGUAGCCAGUUAUCUCCCUUAAUUGACGAGGUGACCAAGGUGGACAUGACCAUGUCUAUGGCCGAUAUCCAUGAGCAACUGUUGAAGGCUCAAAAACACUGUCGACAGCUAGAGCAGCUAGCAGUGUUUAGAAACCCACAGGAAACUAUGGAGCAAACUGAAAGUAAAGCAACACUGGCUGCAAAUCUUACAUCUCUUCCUUCAUCGUCAUCGUCAUUAUCGUCUGCAUCGUCCGCCUCCUGGCUGAAGUCACGUUAUGUGCGAGCAGCCGCUGUGUUCAUGAUGAUGGGUGUGGCCUAUAUGGUCGACCCAGAUCUCGUCAAACGUAUCGGAGACUUUAGUGUCAAUGUCACCCCAGAGCUUCGAUAUGUCAAUGGCCCUCCACCUGUGUAGCAAAAUGUUGUAUUAUAGUUUUUGUAUGUUAGGAUAUGAAAUAUCACCAUGGCAGAUAAUUAUGUUCCAUAUGUAAUUGUUCAUUUAUGGAUAAAAAGAAAAGAAAAACAUCCUGAAUUUAUGUUUUAAACUAGUUAGGUAGAUAUCAUAUCGAUCAUAUGUAAAUGCUCAUUGAUCAGUUUAAUUUAAAAUGAAUAUUUAAAUCCUGUAUGUAUAUACAUGAUCUUUAGAUUCUUUGAGGGAUUUAAGUGGGCUGGGUGGGUGGGAUUGUUAUGAGUUUGUAAAGAAUGAAUUUCUGAUUUGUACAGUAGUAUAUUACAUAUAUACUGUGUUGUUUCAUGUAUUACAUACCAUGUCUACACAUAUCUACUGUAAAUGCUUAAUGCAUAAUAUUUAUCUGAAGAAAACUAUUGUAAAUAAAAGUAAACCUAUGUUAAUAUUGAGUGAUCAGUUAUUAAGAUCAAUGAUGUAGAAAAGAUUAAGAUUAGGUUGUAAAAUAUUUUACAUGCUCGUAAUAUAGGCGAGACAUUGUCUGGCUCCACAAACCAGAUAUUGAGUAUAUAGUUUGUACAGGGUUGUGAUCUGCCAGUAUAUAGUCAGUUGUAAUCUGCCAUGGUGGUAUUUCCUGUGCCUUAACAUUGUAUAGUAUCUCAUUGGUUAUGGCCUGCUGUUGGGGGUCCCCUGUCAGCAGCAGUACCAACUUUCUCAAGGCAGCUAUAUAUAUAUAUUGAUAUUUCAUCACAUGGGCACAGUGAAGUGACAAGCACUCUUGAUGAACCAAGAGUUUGUGAGACACAAACAUCUUCGUACCACUACCCACAGCACAGACACCUUUCAUCACAUACGAGGCAAUGUGUCACAUGACAGGCAUUAAUGUCGUGUGACCUUGUGGACUUUUCUCAAGGUCAUACAUGAAUGCUGUGACCUGUUUUAAGUGUUUUUAUCACUGAAAAUGACAACAUAGGAUUAUUUUUAUCCUAACAUUUAUUGUGUGUCACUCGGGUGACGGAAAUACAUGUGCAAUGAAGAGGAGUAUAAGAUAACUGUGGAGUUACUAUUAUAACACCUGGAGUAUUGUUAUCAAUAUGAAGUUGUUAUCAUUCAGUGCUGAUAACAGAUACCGAGAAUGGUAGUGUUAUCAAUAUGGAGUUAUCAUACACUGAUUUGAUAACAGGAAUGAAAGUGUUAUUAUGGAGUUAUCACACUGAUUACCAAUCUGAUAGAGAAAGAUGUUGUAUCGGUGUUAUCAAUAUAUACUGAUAACCCAUACCGAGAUGGACUGAUGAUGUUAUUAUGGAGUGGUGAAGCCAUUUGAUAAGUGAUACCGAGAAUGGUAAAUGUUGAUAGGUAGAUGUAAUGAUAACAAAAAAUAGCAGUAAAUGUGUUGCUGUACUUGUCGAGUCGACAGAACUCCUUUUACAGACAAUCAUUUGAUAUACUGCACUUAACAUGUAAUUAUCGCCAUCAUAAAAGGGCUGUAACAACUGAUUGUAGUGCAGUACCUAUAUAUGGCCAAUACAAAAUUUCAUGUUAGAGAAAAAUAUACCCUUGAGCUACCUGGACUUCACCAGUGCUAUUCAAGAGGCGUAACUCUUACAUGACAGGGAAAGGAAACAAAUACCAACGACUAAGAGUACCUGGCCUAUCUAAGUACCAGGACUAGUGAGGUACCUAUCUAAAAGUACUUGGUCUCAUGGAAUACUUAUACGAGAGUACCAGGCCUAAGAGAGUACCUAUUCGAAAUAACCUGGCCUACCAGAGUAUCUAUCUGAGAGUACCUGGCCUACAGGAGUACCUGGCCUAAUGGAGUAACUGGCCUAAUGGAGUACCUAUGCGAGAGUACUUGGCCUACAGCAGUACCUAACCUAGAGUACCUGGACUACAGGAGUACCUAACCUAGAGUACCUGGCCUAAUGGAGUACCUAACCUAGAGUACCUGGCCUACAUGAGUACCUGGCCUAAUGGAGUACCUAACCUAGAGUACCUGGCCUACAGGAGUACCUGGCCUAAUAGAAUACCUAACCUAGAGUAUCUGGCCUACAGGAGUACCUAACCUAGAGUACCUGGCCUAAUAGAGUACCUAACCUAGAGUACCUGGCCUACAUGAGUACCUGGCCUAAUGGAGUACCUAACCUAGAGUACCUGGCCUACAUGAGUACCUGGCCUAAUGGAGUACCUAACCUAGAGUACCUGGCCUAAUAGAGUACCUAACCUAGAGUACCUGGCCUACAGGAGUACCUGGCCUAAUAGAGUACCUAACCUAGAGUACCUGGCCUACAGGAGUACCUGGCCUAAUAGAGUACCUAACCUAGAGUACCUGGCCUACAGGAGUACCUGGCCUACAGGAGUACCUGGCCUAAUAGAGUACCUAACCUAGAGUAUCUGGCCUACAGGAGUACCUGGCCUAAUGGAGUACCUAACCUAGAGUACCUGGCCUACAUGAGUACCUGGCCUAAUGGAGUACCUGGCCUACAUGAGUACCUGGCCUAAUGGAGUACCUAACCUAGAGUACCUGGCCUAAUAGAGUACCUAACCUAGAGUACCUGGCCUACAGGAGUACCUGGCCUAAUGGAGUACCUAACCUAGAGUACCUGGCCUACAGGAGUACCUGGCCUAAUAGAGUACCUAACCUAGAGUAAAUGUACCUGGCCUACAGGAGUACCUAACCUAGAGUACUUGGCCUAAUGGAGUACAUAUACGAGAGUACCAGGCCUUCCAGUGUACCUAUUAAAGUACAGGAAUAUGUUGAUCUUGUUUAAAUCACUUAAGUUAAAGUUCAUCUUAAGUGAUGAUCAGGUAUGAUAAAGAGGCUGGAAAUGCCUAAAGGUUCUAAUGGUUGAUACAAAUGAAGACGGAGGUGCAUUACGAGAUAUAUCAAUAUAGAUAAGACAUCUGUAUAGUACAGAGAUCUUAUCAAUUGUAUAUACACAAAUGCAUAUAUGUAUCCUCUUCAUUAUUCUAACAGUGAUAACUGAUCAAGGUCAAGGCCAACAAAGGUCAGGGUCAAGGCCAACAGAGGUCAAGGUCAUGCUGUAUUGUAAAUAAUACUUGUAGUAGGAAUGAACGGAUUAUAUAUGCACAAUACCUGGUAAUGGUGCCUGCAUUAGGAUCACUCUCUGACCAAUGCAUGUAUGUCGCUGUAUGUAUAACCAUGCUAAUGUCCAGGGCCUGCUUGUCCAGCUCAGACCACUGUAUUUAUGUGCUGCGGUAAUAUCCGUAAAUAAUACUAAUUUUAAUAUGAUUUGAAAUUUUGAAGGAUAAUGGUUAUGAUCUCAUUGUAUUGAAAAUUACAUUUGAUUUUUGGAAAUAAUAACGAAAAAAAAAAAUAUUAGACAUUACCAAUUUCAUGUACUUGUGAGAUGGAUGUUAAGUGAUAUUUAUAUAGUUUUAACAUUGUACUCGGGAGCUAGGACAGGUAUGCCCUGUUGUGAAUGAGGCUUUAGUUGGUUCUGUGUCAGUAUCAAAUACGACAAGAUCUCACCCUGCUUAUAUACAAAAAUAUUUCAUCAAAGGUCAUUUGUGAGUAGUAAUUUCUUAUUUUAUAAUUUACAUUAAUUUUUUUUAUGAAUGAUAAAACAAUUGGAUUUGAUUUCAGUGUGCAAUAUUAAUUUUGUAAUUAUGAAUUUAGAAGUAUGAUCUAGAAAAGGUUUUCUAAAUAAGAGAUACCAAUAAUAUCUUUUUGACCCAUUUUGUUCCAUUUUAUGGAAUUAUGGAGUUUUGUAAAAAGUUUUUUACAUUUUUUCAGACAAAAUAAAAAGUUUUGACGGGGUGAUUUCUUAUGUGAUGCUGUACAUGUCGUGUGUAUAUUGCUGUGACAUAUAUCCUGUACGUGACUCAUCGGGGGGACUGCAUCACAAACUCAUAGUCAUCUUUCAUUACCACUCAUUCUUCAGGACGAAUCCAGUUCAUAUCUCAGGAAAUUUUACUAAACCAAAUGAACUCAAAUUCCUUCUAGAUGCUGCUAUUAGUUCAAUAAUUGGAAAGCAGGGAACGUAAAACUACAAUACCAAGAAAAAAGUUUUGUUAUCAAUCAUACUGUUGUUUUUAUAAGUUCCAUCUUUUAAAUUCAAUGAUCAUGCUUGAAUUUGGUUGUAAUGGUAAGUUGGUGAGUGGCAUCAUAAUAUUAAGUAACAGAAAUGAUGUUACACCGUCCCAAGAUGAUGAAAUUACCACCUGAGGUCAUUAGUAAGGCAGCUUUCUUUUAUAAGUAAUGAUAAGGUGUAGAAAAUAUUACCAAUAGAUAUUGAGACUUUGUUCAUAUUGAGUCCGAUAAGUUAAAUACCAAGUUAGUGCUUUUUUGUCUCUUUCCAAUUAUAGUCUUUGAACCCAACAUUCCUAAAAAAUGAAAUCCUUUAAGAUUUAUGGUAAAAAUUAAGAUGGAGAUAUUUUUGGAGAGAAACGGGGAAGAUUUUUUUUAUUUAAUGAAAUUGAAAAUGAUCACAGACAUGUAUUUUAUUCAGCAGAUACAGAUAUAUAUUGUGCAACAUGUUUUAAAGAGGUAAUGUCUGCUUUCAUUUUGAAUUGAUUAUGUAUAGCAAUAUUAAACAUAUACUGUUAGAGCUUAAAUUUCUUUUGAUUUAUCAGAAAACAUGCACCAGAUAUAUCUUAUUUUCUUCCAUUAUUUACAUUUUUAAUAUCCAUUAUUUUGUGCCCGAUUAUUUAAAAAAUUUUGGAGUAGGAAGACAUGGCAUUUGUUACAUAUAUAUCAUAACUUCCAAUUAAUUAAUUCUCUGUGCUGUUAAGCCCAUUGGAAUUUUAAAUUUAGAAUAGAUUAUAUUUCUCGUAAUUUUUAAAAAGUACUGUUCUGGUCAACUAGGACAAAUACAUAGAGUUCUGUUGAUCGUGGACUUUUAUUGUGAUAGUUCUUUAUGAAACAAAAUUAUGAUUCUGUCAAUGAUAUAAUGCACAGGGACAUGAAAUGAAUUCUUAACCUACAGUCUAUAUUAUUUAUGUAUUAUAUAUUUAAAUAUAGACUGUAGGUUGAAAUUUGUGACAAGUGCCUGUGAUUUGAAGUUGUUUUUUAUUGACUUUGUAUUGAAAAAGCCAAUACUUAAAUAAAUUUAAUUUAUCUUUAAUUUAAUUUUUAACAGGGACACGUGCAUGACGUAAAGUGUUGUGAAUUUUGUUUUAUUUAAAUAUUUACGCAAAUGAUUAUUUUUAUUUUGAAGGUUUAUUUGAUCAAGUUUAUAUGUUGUUUCUCUGUAUUAAAUGAUGCUGGGUAUUACUUUCAGGUUGUUGAGGCCAUCACUGUUGUGAUAAGGCCGAGGUAAAAAUAGUGAUAUGAUCACUCGGAGUGGUGGUACCCUUAAGUAUCCAGAUAUUACAUUAAUCCAUGUUUAUAUAUACAGUAUAUACUAUGAUAAUUUGCUGACUAAAUAUGGUCUGAGCUUGCUUUACCAUAUUGACAAUAUUUCAAAUGUUAUUUGCUUAUUUUGGAAUAUCAAAACAACUGCAAAUAUGCAUAUUAGAAUAUUGAAAUAUAAUGUGCCCGGUACAUAUACAGGUAGUUUAAUUAACAGAAUUACUGUAAUUGUAUAAUGGAGAGAUUUACUGAAGGGUUGAGUACAUGAUUUGUGGCUCAUUUUCCUAUUCAAUUUUGCAGACUUCUUCCAUCGAAGACAUAUAUUAGCCAAAAGUGCCAUGUGUUCCUAAAGCAGUAUCAGUUUGCUCCAUAACAUUGCAUUUUACAAGUGAUAAUCUUUCACAUGUGUUUGAAUGUUAAAAAUUGUGAAACUAUACAUUUCUGGUUCAGUAGAGUUUAAAAGUUGUUCUUAAGCAUGUUGUGAUAUAUAACUAUAUUAUAACAUAUUAUAACUAUCCUGGAAGGUAAACCUGUUGAAACCUUUUGGUUACAAAACAGAGAAAAGUUCAGAGUUGAGCAUGGAUUUGCUUUUGAGUAAACUAAAUCUCGGAGACCAAAAAUGCAGUUCCACAAUUUUUUCACUUGUUAUUAAUAACCAUGAAUUAUCAUGCUACUGGAUUGAAGACAUAUUGGAGGUAAGUCAUUGUUUAUGUAUAUAUCCCGAAGGGUAACAAUGAAGACAUUUACCUGUGUAUUAAGUGCUACAUAAUUUAUACUUGUGUGAGACUAUAUUUUUUAUCUAAGGGAUUCAUUCAUUGACCAAUAAGAUAUAUUUAUAUUUUGUUUUAAACCCCACAAUGAAAAUUGACCAAGAAAUACGUUCUGACCAAAAAACAUUUUCAGAAUUGUUUGAGAUAUUUGAAAUUCGUAACUUUAAAUUUAUUAGGUGUUUAUUGAUAGUCACAAAAUAAAUAUGGAUGCAUUGUGUUAAUUUAAUUAAUGAACUUGUUUCUUGGUCGUUCAGUUCAAGAAAUGUAUUAGGGUUCAAAAGACACAAAAUUUGUGACAUUUUAAAACCAUACGGGAAACAGUUUGGCAGUUAAACAAGCACCACCAUUUGAUAGGAAGGCAAAUCUGUACCCUAGUACAUUUGAGUGUAUAUAUUAAUGUGGGUAAAAUCACAAAAAAAGCUAGAUAGGUAUAUAUAUAUUUGAAUAUUUAUUGUGGAAAUUGGUGACAAAAUCAGCUUUUCCUAUUGCAGUUGCCGGUAUGGAUCGGCUUAAAUGAUAAAAUUGGAAUACAUAUUUAAAAGAUAACAUUACUAGUAAGUUGUUUAUCAGAAUGAUGGUAUAUAAUACAUGUACUUAAAUUAAUUAGGAUAUUGGAUAUUUUGAAGAAGUAAAUAAGAAAACAAUUUCAAUUGAAAGAAAAUUGGUCAGAAAAUAAACAAGAUGCUCUUCA